GGCAUUGGCUGUCACAAGGUAGGCUUGGAACAGCAAACUCUGCGGGAAAUCUGUGACCCCCCAGCACGAUCAAGAGCACAGUAGGGGAUUGUGCUUUCCUAAGGAAACGUGUUGUUUCCUUCCUUUCCUGUCCUGGCUUUGUCUGCUAAAGGGUCAAGGUUUUAACUGGAGGGUUUGCACUAAUCUGACAGGCUUUAUUAGCCGUGUGUUGUGCGCUGCACCUCCUCAGAGCUGUAUGGAUGAUAUUUGGGAUGUAGCCUCCACUAUCAGCAUGUCUACUGAGAGUAUGUCAGUGAGGGACAUUAGGAGGCAGAUGAGUAAGAGAAAUAUGACUGCUGUGCCGAUUUCCUGGCCCGUCCCAAUGAGGGCUAUAGGAGCUCAGAAUCUUCUGACCAUGCCCGGAGGUGUUGCCAUUUCUGGGUAUCUACAUAAAAAGGGGGGAAGCCAGUUCAGCCUGAUGAAAUGGCCUCUGCGCUACAUUAUAAUCCACAAAGGCUGCGUGUACUAUUUCAAGACCAGCACAUCUGCCACACCACAGGGAGCGUUCUCCCUUAACGGCUACAACAGGGUCAUGCGAGCAUCGGAGGAGACCACAUCUAGCAACGUUUUCCCCUUUAAGAUUGUGCAUUUCAGUAAGAGGCACCGCACGUGGUAUUUUUCAGCAGCCAGUGAGGAUGAGAGAAGGAAAUGGAUGCGCUAUCUGAGGAAAGAAAUCAGCCACUAUAAUGACAAGAAAGAUUGUCUUGACCCAGGUGACUCUGACUCUGAUGAAAGUUUCUAUGGCACUAUUGAGAGCCCACUGGAGAUCACCAAUACCCCAGAUGACCAGGAGGGAGAUGAUGCGGAACAAAAUUAUGAAAGCGAUGAUGACGACUAUCUUCUGCCUGAUGGCCCAGCAGGUCAGCCCAAAGCACCGCCUCCAUCUUACCCUCCUCCACCUGUGCCCCACCAUUCCAGAGGCUUUCCACCACCAGUACCCCAUCCACCCAUUAAACCACCGCCAAUCCCCUUACAAAAGAAACCAACCAUUCCUGUCCCAGGUCCACCAAAACUCUCUGAAGUUGUAAAUAAUUUCCCUCCUCCUGGGCUAUCAGCUCCUCCUCCUCCUCCUGCACUACAGAAACCAGUCUUUAACAGAAUGACAGUUGUGCAAGCUCCUUUUCCUACAUGCCAGAAAAAGACUGUAGCCGGGAGCGUGUCCUUAUCCACUCUCCCAGGAUAUGACCGGAAGCCUUCUCCUGCCAUGGUCAUUAAAACCCCAUCUACUCUCCAUAUCUGUGAACACUUGGAAAAUAAAGUGCUACUGAACCCUCGUGACAGAUCUAAUACACACAAUCUGAACAAUGCACCUGGUGACAGAAAACUCCCACCGCUGGUCAACAAACCACCGGCCAAGUUUCCACCUACAGGGAUGAAGCCCAAACUCAGUCAGAUAUCAAUACAAAGAUCAUCGCCUGAUGGCCAAAGUUUUAGGUCCUCGGUGGAAGAAAAGCCUUUGAAAAAGAUCAAUGAUGAAGACUCUGACGAUGACUAUGAAAAUGUACAGUUGCCUGACUCUGUUUUUGUGGACACAACCGAGACCAGUGCUGUUGAAAAAUUAUUUAAAGAAACGAGCGGCUCACCACCAGAUGGCCUUUACUGCAUCCGAAACUCAGGAACAAAGACCUCAAAGGUGCUUGUUGUGUGGGAUGUAAGUCUGAACAAGGCGAGAAACUACCGGCUGUUUGAGGAGGAUGAAAUCGUGUACCUGGAUGCAGACUUGCAUUUCCCUUCUGUAGCAGCUCUGGUGGAGUACUACUACAGCCACCCGCUGCCCAAUCACGGCUCUCUGUGCUUACAGCAGCCCUUUGGCUACACACCACCCAGGUGACACACCGUCCUCCGUUGCUCUCCUGGACUGAUAUUUUCAGGUCCUUAUAUACUCAUAUCUCAAGUCUUGAGGCUCCAGUUCUAUUUCUCCUAGCCACUCACUACAGGUGAUCAUAUGCAUCAGCCAUAAGGACAAGUAAGGCUUGCCGGUGAGAUCGCAAAUACAGACACACGAAUUUCAUCUGGACACAAAGUGCCAUCGAAAUAAACGGAUAUAACCGUUGUGGAGUUUUAUCUCAGCUGAAAUUGAUUCUCAGUCAUAUAUGUUUCUGAAACGCUGAUGGUUAUCUAACUGUUCAAACCUUUGCACAGAAACGAUGCACAUGUGCACGUCUGUUCAUACGUGAUCCUGGAGAGAUGUCACGUAGGUUUGGUUUUUAAAGACAGAGUUUAGUGACAAAAAACACAUGGUGUACAUGGUGUAACCACUGAUUUGUGAUUUAUUGUUUAUUUUAAAUAACUACAUUUCUUGAUGUAAGAAUGUAUUGAUGCUGUGCAACUGAGUAGAGCAUUACAUAACAAGCAGUAUGCCUAUAUUUCUGUGUAAAUUCUGUUAGCAUUAUUAUUUCUGUACAAUGUUAUGUUAUACCUGUACUUUAUUACUUGUUUAAAAUGCACAUACUGUAUGUAAAUUAAUCUCUUUGUACCAUUGUUAACUUAUAUUUUCUACCUAACAGAGCAUGACUGCU